GCAACAUGACAUGUUAAAACAACUUUAAUCUCGGAUUUACAUCAACGCGCUAUUAUGUGUUUACCUUUAUACAGUUUAUGUUUAUUUGUACUUUAUCUGGAGGUUUGAUCCAGGAGAUUCAAACAAAAUCUGUGUAAUGAAUAGAGCGGCAUCUAUCUGACUGGAAUAAAACAAAACUACGAACUAUAAAUCGUCAGUGUAUUGUUCCCUGUAGUGAGUGCAGCCAUUAGAACCAUAAGGGCUCAAUGGAACCGGGGAAGUCAGACCCAAUUUAAAUGCACACAAUAUUGCAAUCAAACGAAACCCGAUAUAAGAAUUUAAAUCGCUGGGUAUAAAUACUUAUCUCGGUCCCAAAGGAGGUGAAAUUUACCACCAUUUGUCGAUAUUCUACAACAAGGUUGAACUAUGUAAACAUAUCGACAUUUUACCGAGAAACCCACGAGAGAAAAAAACGGUGAGCAAACAGCGACCUGAUAGACAAGGUAGAGCCAUGAACUGUAGCGUCCCGGCCUGUGCUGCCAUUGACAUUCUCCCAUUCACCACCUUCCCAUCUUACGAUGGCUUCAGCGCCAAGUUAGCCGACGAACAGACAUGUCUCUUUACCCACGUGAUCAGUGUGGGUAACAAGUUACUGGUCGUGGACAACGAAAACAAGAGACUUAAGAGAUUCAGGAUCCGCUCCCGGGCCUGUGUGGAUCACCUUCUCCUGGACGAUCCAUGUGGAGGAUCCCUGCUUCCGCUCUCUAGUCACGUGGUCAUAACAGAACCAGAGGUCAACACGCUGUCUUUCAUUAGCUUGGAAGGAACCUUGACCCUGAGUUCAAGGAGAAAGACAGAGAAGAAGUACCAGCCUAUUUGUUGUGUGGAUGAGGAGCGACUCGUGGCAGGAUGCUGCGAGUUAGGGGAUAGUUCAGUGGACGUGCUUAAUUACAUGGGGGUAGUGCUAAUUACCGUGAGUACCUGUCAGAAUAAUUCUGUAACGUUUCGAACACCCGCCAGUCUGACCUAUAUACCGGGAGAGUGUAUCUUAGUGUCCGACUCUGGGCUCUGUAAAGUGGUGGGUAUAGGUCUGUCGGGCCAACUAAAGUUUGUCUUUGAUCCUAAGUGCACGCCGAGUGGAGUAUGUGUAGACAGAGGCCGCAAUGUGUAUCUGUGUGGGUACGAUAAGAAAUCAAUUCAAUGUCUCAAGUACGAGAACAAUAAACUACACCAAACGUGUUCAGACUUCAUCAUAAAGUGCCCGUUAUCAGUGACCACUGCCAGAAACUACCUAUAUGUGACGGAGGAGAUGCCCAACGACAGAAUAACCAUACUGCAGACAACGAAUGAGGACUGGGAUAUAGAGGAGAAACCUGUCAAUAUAUCGAACAUUCACGUGACAGUUCUAAAGGAUGAGGAAGCGGCCGAAUCCUAAAACCUAUUCACACGUGCCAAACAAAGUCAAGGAAAUAAGCCAAAGAUUUUAUAGCAGCAAUGAUGUAUAAAUCAAAGAAAGAAACAA